AAAAUAUUUUGGUGAGUUCUCAUCUCUUGUCUAUUACAAGAUCUUGAAACUUGUGACAACACAAACGCUUCUUGAGAGAGAGAGAGAGAGUUCCCAAUCUCGGUUGACUGACUGACUAAGCCAUGAAUCCGGAGCAAAACCCCUCACGCCAGUGCGCAGCCUGCGGGGAGCAAGAAGCCUUCCUCACCUACGCCGUCAGGCAAAACCGGCGACUCUGCACGGACUGUUUACUCAAGGAGCAUCGUCACCUCUUCUGCCCUGUUUGUGUCGACGUCUACGCCGCCACCGUCCUUCCUCCUCCAGAAGAGAGCAUCGUCUGCCUCAAUUGCCCUUCCGUCGCCCACCUCGCUUGCCCUCCUCCUGCGCCGUCUCCCUUCACAUGCCCGCCGUGCUCUGACCCCAAUUUCUCCUUCUUCCCCAAAUCUAAACCUGACCAAGAAUCAGCCGACGCUCUCGUGGCAGCGGCCAAAAUCUCGGCGUUUUUGAUGAACAACGAGGCGGCUGAGUUAAAGAAGGAAGCACAUAAGAAGAUCUUCGCAGCCAAAGAGUCCAAGAAGAGAGCUAAGGAAGCUUUGGGGAAUCUUCAGGACCUUGUUCUCAAGCAAAAAGCUUCGGAGAAGAAGAAUAGCAACAACAACCCUAACCCUAACAAGAGGAAGCACAGUGACCGUCGUUGAUUCACAAAUCUCUCUCUGCAAGAUCCUGGGGGGUUUUUAUGAUAGAUGGGUUCAAGAAAGCUGGAGACUUUGAGAGAGCUUAGGGUUUAGAUUAGAUUAGUAUAAUGGCGUGCGUGUGUGUGUGUGUGUGAGUGAUAAUUCAAACCUAUAAGAAGAUUUCGUCUUUUGUUGUAUUGUUUACUGGUUUGACUGAAGAAGAAGAUUUUGGUUGAUGAGUUAGAACAAACACAUGGAAGGAAGUGAUAUUGCAUUUGAUGAUGUUUUGGCUUGGACACUGUUUUUGCUUCUUUUGUUCUAAGAUAAAUCAAUUUCUUAUUUUGGA